UUGCCGUGCAGUUGGACAACUUGCGGGCGUCGUGCGAGUCGCUUGAGCGCGCGCGACGCUUCCUUUUCCGGUUGUCGUAGUUGUCGAAAAGAGAUCUCGCACCGUACAUAAUGGCGAAGUCAAAGAACCACACAAAUCACAACCAAAACAAGAAGGCUCACAGGAAUGGCAUCAAGAGGCCCAAGAGAUUCAGGCAUGAAUCCAAACUUGGUGUGGACGCUAAGUUCCUGAAGAACCAGAAGUACUCAAGGAAAGGCAACCUGAAGCCCAAGGCUCAGCUCAAGCGGGCCGCAGAGAGGAAAGCCAAGCUGGAGGCCAAGAAGUAAACUAGUUUAAGAGCAUUUAUUUUUAAUAAAUGUAAAAAAAAUUA